AUGCAUUUUCUUUAUCCUCUUCUUCUUGCGGCUCUAACUCUUGCAGCUUGCGAUAAUUGUACAACCAAUAAGGCACUCCCGACCCAGCUUUACGAGUCUUUCACAUCUGAGUCAAAUAAUUUCAAUGCCAGCCACCACGUGGCUUUUUCAGUAGGAGGCGCUAGUUUGGGCAUUUUCCGCCGGGGAAACAAUCCCAUGAUCCAGUCGCUAGGAUACCUUUGGCAUGGAAAAGUAGAGGCUGAGAUUAUGGGUGCUCUGGGUACUGGGAUCAUCUCUUCUUUCUACUUACAGAGCGACGAUUUGGACGAGAUUGAUAUCGUGGAGACUUUUGGUGGAAACGUGUUUACGUGCCAGACAAAUUUUUUUGUGAAGGGAAACAUAUCAAACUAUGCUCGCGGCGAGUAUCAUAUGCCGCCACUGCUGCCACUUACAGAAUUUCACAAGUAUAGCGUGGAGUGGACGCCAGAGUAUAUGGCAUGGGCCAUUGACGAUGUAGAAGUGCGGCGAACUGAGCGGGGAAACCCACACGGGUUCCCACAGUCGCCCAUGCGCGUGAUUGCAAGCUUGUGGGCAGGUGGUGACCCUGAAAACCACCGAGGUACUAUUGACUGGGCCGGAGGUAUUACAAAUUAUGAUCUGGUGCCAUACAUUAUGCGUAUUCGCAAUGUGCGCAUUGAAAAUUACUCUGGCGGGGCAGACGAGUAUGAAUUGGGGCGGAACGGCACUGUUGUGCGGCGGACGCACCCAAACAAUCCCUCGACCGCCGAAGGCGGCGCGCACAAUGCUGGCGAACAGGACAGCCAUAAAGAGGGCGCGCGGAGCGGCCGAAAAUCAGAACAGGGCGACAGCCGCCAAUCGCUAGAAACUACGUCCCGUCAGCUAGUGCCAACAACCUCUUCAUCAUAUACUCUGCGAGGUUUUUUCCAGGUGCGUUCGAGGAGUGCCAGCGGCCAGCUCUUCAUACAUUGGGCAGCGGCUUUUCUUGGGGCCCUACAGUGGUGGAUGUAG